AUGUUUAAAACUGCUUCUUGGGAUGCUGACGACAAUGAGACUUGUAAUAAAAUGUUUCAGAAUCCUCCAAGGGGUAAAAUAAAGAAUAAAUCCAAAAAGGCUCUUAAAAUUAAAAAUAAAGUAGAGAAAAAUAAUAGUACUUUCAAUCCAAAAAUAUUAAUUAAUGCUAAAUCCUUAAAUAAAAAAGAAAAUCCAUUUAUAGUUAAAGAUGAAAAGUUCUUAAAUAAAAAUGGUAACCAGUCUCCCAAAAAAAAUAAGAAAAAAUCAUUAAAUAUAAAUGUUGCGGAGUCUCCAUCUAAAGUUAACACAAAGUUAAAAUCUCCAUCUAUAGUUAAGAAAAAGUUUCAAAAUAAAAAUGGUAAGGAGUCUCAAUCAAACAAAGAACAAAAUGGAGAAAGAAUUAAGCUAGAAAAAAACAAGAAAAAGAAUAAAAACAAACUGAAACUCAAUGACCAGAAUAAUGCAGAUAAAAUAUCCAAAUAUGAAGCCCUCCAAGAAAAACGAGCUAAAAUAAAAACAAACAAUCCAACAAAAGAUAUAAAUAAAUGUACAAAAAAAGCCAAGUUACUAUUAAAGUUAAAAGAAACAAUGCAAACGCAAGCAGAUAAAAGGCAUAAAAAACCUGUUUUAUCCCUCAGAGAAAAAAUGAUGGCUAAAUUAAAAUCAGCCCGUUUUAGAUAUUUAAAUGAGCAAAUUUAUACAACUACUAGUAAAGAAGCCCAAAACAUUUUCAAAACUGAUCCAGAUGCUUUCCAAGCCUAUCAUGAAGGGUAUAGGCAACAGGUGGAAAGGUGGCCCCUGAAUCCAGUGGACAAUAUUAUUGACACCAUCAAGAAAAUGCCUAAAAAUUAUGUUAUUUCAGAUUUUGGAUGCGGUGAUGCCAAAUUAGCAAAAUCUGUUACGCAAAAAGUCCAUUCUUUUGAUUUGGUGGCAAGCAAUGAGUUGGUUACAGCAUGUGAUAUGGCACAUGUUCCAUUACAAAACCAAUCAGUUGAUGUGGUAGUUUUUUGUUUGUCUCUCAUGGGUACCAAUCUACAUGAAUAUUUAUUGGAGGCUAAUAGAGUGUUAAAAGUGGGGGGCUUUUUAAAGAUUGCAGAAGUUGAAAGUAGAUUUGAUGAUGUUGAUAUGUUUAUAAAAGGAGUUGAAACUUUUGGAUUUAAGAAGAAUUGGAAAGAUUUAUCACAUAAUUUAUUUUAUUUCCUAGACUUUAAAAAGGCAAAUGCAAUAAAUAAUAAGAAGAAACUUCCAGCGUUAAGUUUACAGCCGUGUAUAUAUAAAAAACGAUAA